AUGGACAGGGCCAGGCAGCAGCAGUCGCUGCUCCUCUUCCCCAUCUGCCUCGCCCUCGCCUUCUCCCUCACUGCCGUGGUCAGCAGCCACUGGUGUGAGGGGACCCGGCGGGUGGUGAAGCCGCUGUGCCGGGACCAGCCGGGAGGACAGCACUGCAUUCACUUCAAACAGGACAACAGCAGUGCUGGCAGGAUAGGCAACGACAGCCAGGCUGUCCUGUACAUUUGGGAGCUGGGGGACGACAAGUUCAUUCAGCGUGGGUUCCAUGUGGGGCUCUGGCAGUCCUGCGAGGAGAGCCUCAACAGUGAAGAUGAAAAGUGUCGGAGUUUCCAGAGUGUAGUGCCCGCUGAAGAACAAGGUGUUUUGUGGCUGUCCAUCGGGGGUGAGGUCCUGGAUAUUGUUCUGAUACUGGCAAGCGCUAUCCUCCUGGGCUCCAGAGUGAGUUGUCGCAGCCUUGGUUUCAACUGGCUCAGGGUGGAUGCCUUGGUAGCCAUCUUCAUGGUGCUGGCAGGGCUCCUAGGCAUGGUGGCCCACAUGAUGUACACAACCAUUUUUCAAAUCACUGUGAACCUUGGACCAGAAGACUGGAAGCCUCAGACCUGGGACUAUGGCUGGUCAUAUUGCCUUGCCUGGGGUUCUUUUGCCCUCUGCCUGGCUGUGUCGGUCACAGCCAUGAGCAGGUUCACUGCAGCUCCCCUGGAAUUCACCGAGCAGCAGUGGGCACAGAACGGCAGUCAGCCCUCUCAACACAGCUUCUCAGAACCUGAGGCUUCAGAGAGCAUUUGGAAAACAGGGGCUGCUCCUCACCUUGCUGGCCAUGCCUUCAGGAAUGUUUCUGGGCACCUGCCACUAGGUGCCACAGGCAAGGUGUCCAUAUGCUAGCCAGUGUCCAUGGCUGCCACAUCUGCACAGGCAAACAAGCCAGGCACGAGUGCUCACAAUGUACACCCUGCCUCUGAUUGGACUUCAGAAGACUGUCGUCCAGGAAAAGCUUUCAUCCCCACCCCUCCACCUCUCACCUUUUACUAAACACCUUUGGCUUCAGCCUUUGAUUCAUGUUAAAAUGCCAGUAGCUUGAAGUGAGAUAAGGCUUACUGAAGAUAUCAACCACUGACACUCUAGUAUAAAAGAGAGAUUAUUAAGCUUUCCUGACAGUGAAUUUGAUAAGGAUUCUGAAGAAAGAGGGAGCAUGCCAGUACUAAGGGGAAGAGAAGUUGAAGAAAGGGGAAAGCAAGUCUUCUUAACUACAAGGGAUGCAAAAUGUGUUGUCCACAUGGGUUUGUUGAUGGAAAACUCCAGAAAAUGUUUUCUCCUAAUUGACACACACAGUAAAGUGUGUGUGGCUAUCCCAUACUUUCUUUUUCAUUUGAAUCAAGAAGACAGAAAUUUCAAAAUGUUUCCUGUUAUUUUAAAAAAAAUUUUUUCUUGGACAUUUUGUGUUUCUACUUAUAGUAAAAUCUGUUUGGAAGGACAGCCAAAUGAUAGAAGUGAAAACACAGUCAAAUGGAAUGACGUCUUAUCUUGGCUAAGUGGAACAAAUGUUUGAAUUGCCCUGUUUAAAUUAGAUCGCCAGCCACUUUGGCUUCUAAAAAUAAUCAUUACCAAACAUGCAGGUGUUGGAGGAGGUGGUGGGCUGCAGAUGUGGUCAGCUGCAAUACUGUAUCAAUUCAUCCCAUUUCUAGCCACCAUGCUAUUCAGGCCACAGGUUGUACAACACAUAAUUAUAUUUUUGAACAAAAGAAAGGGGGCUGGGUGUGGUGGCUCACGCUUGUAAUCCCAGCACUUUG